UGGAGGUGAGCGCUUGCAUUGAGCAUCGAACAGUCUUCAGUUACCAACCAGCGAGUGCUGCACUUCUUCCACGUAUAACAAACCAUCUAUACACAUCAACACACACACCAACACACGAGUGGCAUCACUUGCUGAAGAAUGUGCAAAUUUACAAAUCGUCUCUUUGUCUUCACGCUGCUGGCGCUAUUUGGUGUACCGAGAUUGUUGCUGGUGGAUACGGCAACUAUUCGAGCAGAACACAAAAGUGCUGCAGAUGCGAAAAUUCUGGACCUCCUGCCACUUAACGAUUACGAGAACAACUACGAUGUGCACUACGAUCAGCGACAAAAGGGCAAUGAGAAUUUGCGUGUGAAAAUGGACAGUUUCUUUAUUGAAAUGCCGCCAGAGGACACCGAAGGGCUGGCAGAGGACAUAUUGAAGGAAAUUCUAUCCUAUGCACUUUUCCAUGUUGGAGGGGAGGAAUUGCUUUUUGAUCUGGCUGAUGCACAUAGCAGCAGCAGUAGCACAGAGUCCACAGAUAAAACGCAGCAGAAUGAGCUUAGGGCGUUGAAAGAGAACAAACUGGAGACCUCUGAUCAGCACUUUGAUGGCCAGCAGCAGCGUGAUGGUAUAGAAGAAGCGCCGAAAAACGAAGUGGAAGGCAGAAAUGCGGCAGCGUACAAGAGCAGUGGAUUGUUGGGCGCAAAUAGGGAGCCAGAGGCGAAGCGUGUAGGUGCGAUCACAAAACAGCAUUUUAACACUUUGCUGAAUUUGCUGAAACGUAUGAGGCGCAACUGAGACCGAGAAUAAGCUAAUUUGUCAACUCAAUAUUUUUCCAUCGAAUAAAUUUUUACGACUUUAAACACACAUACAUAUACCUAUGUA